GCCACGUGGGCCGGGCCAUGGCCGGUCCUUCGCCCCCGCCGUCGCCGCCGGACCGGCUCGGGGCCUUCCUGCUGCAGCACCCGGGCCUGGAGCUCGACCCCGCCCGGGGAAAGGUGAAGUGCCGGCUGAGCGGGCACGAGUUUCCGUGCCGCCUGGCCGAGCUCCAGGCCUACACCUCCGGCCACAAGUACCGCCGCCUCACCGCCGCCGUCGACCCCGGAACCUUCCACUACCAGCAGUUCCACCCGCACAUCGUGCCCAGCAACAAAAACACGCACCAGCUGUUCUGCAAGCUCACUCUGCGGCACAUCAACAAGCUUCCGGAACAUGUGCUCCGCCACGUCCGGGGCCGCCGCUACCAGCGUGCGCUGCAGAGAUACGAAGAAUGCCAGAAGCAGGGGGUGGAAUUCGUCCCCGCCUGCCUGCUGCAGAAGAAGAGGCGGAGGGAAGACCAGGCCGGUGGCGACCGGCAGCCCCGGAGGGAGGGCAACUUCUGGCGACCCCCGUCCAGUGACGAAGGAGGAAACGAGAGUGACGACAGCAUGACGGACUUGUACCCCCCGGCGCUGUUCACCGAGAAGAGCGGAGCCGGGGCUGAGGCCGGAGACGACCCCGCCGCCUCCUUGCCCGACGGCGAGGGAGGAGGGCCAAAGCCUUCGGGAGAGAACGGCGACGCGAGUGGAGGAGAGAAGAUGGAGGUGGAUGAGUUGAUCGGCACCAAGAGGGGAAAGAAGCGGUCGGCGUCUGUAACGAAGUUCAAGAGCCACCACCGUAAACCCAAGAGCUUCAAGAGGAGGGCAGAUGUUUAAAUGAUCUCCGUAUAGUAAAAUAAAUCAACGGCUAUUGUAAAUAA